AAGAAGUGAUAUGAAGUAGAAGAUUGCAUAACAAUGCAACUUUACAUGCUUUUCUCAGUAUCAGGAAUGCAUGUCAUGAGUAGCAUAAUUCAGAGAAUUCAUUCAAGUCAUUCUUAGAAAGUUUGUGCUCUGCGAUGCCAUUUUGAUAAUACCUUCCAUCUGCUUUCAUAAUUUUGGCCAAGAUGGCGAACCUGAGAGGGUUGAGAAAUCAGAAGGUAUAUUACGUCUUAUUCAGGGGCUUCUUUAAAGAUUUGGCUGGACCAUUAAAGGUUAUACAACAACAGCUUAUAUCUAGUAAAGCAUCUGUAUGGAUGUAAAACAAUUUUUUAUUUCCUAAAUGUCCCAUAGCUUUGCAAUUCAUACAUUUGCAGCCGAGGAGAGCCAGUUUAUCUGUUUUCAUCGUUCUUGAGCUUUGCCUAUUAAAAGAAAAAAGAAGAGAUGGGAGAAGAAGAAAAAAAGUUGUGCUCUUGUGUGCGUACUUUUCAAUUACGAGUAUAGUUUAAGAUGCUCUUGUUGGACAUUCUAAAGCUCUAAAGGAUCUAUUUAGUUGACAAAGUUCAAUUUUUUGUGAUACAAAGUUCUGGCAACUGAAAUAUGGUUCAAGUUUUCAGCUUAGGGUCUUUGUGCUAGCUCUGUUUUUGUCGUAGAGUGGCAAUCAAUAUCUCUGAUGCACACCAUGCAAUCAUUCUGAUCUUUAGUUCGAUUAUACAGGGUACUGUAAGAGGCAGAUUUGGAGGACAAAUGACAGGCUUGCCAUGAUCUCUUGGAAAGGAAUACACCAAAAGUAAGAGCAAGGCUUGCUGGAAAAUUGUCAGCUAUUCGAGAACAUCGCCUAGCUAGUACUACGUCUGGCUGAUGAUUCAUUUGUCGAUUUUGUUCUAUAUUUUUCGACUUAUAAAAUAAAUGGAGACCAUUAACUUCAGUGCUAGCGACUGAUAUCAACCUAAGGUUAGCAUGCAUAGCUGGACAAACAAAGGGAUUUUGUGAGCAACUUAAGCAUCAGAAACCAGAACUUCAGACUACGAGGCUUCUUCUUGAUUUGAGUUAGUAGUUUUAAUGCGAAUUGCAAGAAAAUAAAGCCCUUCUGGUGCAGAGGUGAUAGAGUGCUUUUUACAAGCAACAAGCAAAUUAAGGUCGACUGCAGUUGGGUCAUGUGGUCAAGGGUUAGAGAAUUGGUUGCUCCCUUUUGAGUUAGAAGCAAGAAACAAAACAAAAAUAAAACAAGGAGCAAUACUCCAAAGCAGUUGUUGUUUCUAUGUUGCCGAUGAUGCAAGAAAGCCUUUACGAAUGUUGAAUAUUCUAUGCUUCAUUAUAGAAUAAAAUCAAAAGAAACUGUUCUUGCAGAACUCGAGGACAGGAACCAGAGGUGCUCGCAACGAAAACAAGGGGCUGUACAAUUGGGCAAGCGGCUACAUGCCUACAUUUUAAGAAAUGGGUUUGGAAUGUCUUUGGCUUUAGCCACUGCUUUGGUUGACAUGUAUGGAAAAUGUGGUGAGAUAAGAAGUGCAAGAGCUAUAUUUGAUAGCAUGAAGAACAAAGAUGUUAUGACUUGGACAGCUAUGAUAUCGGCUUAUGCGCAAGCUAAUUGUAUAGACUAUGCUUUUCAACUAUUUGUCCAGAUGAGGGAUAACGGAGUGAGGCCAAAUGAAUUGACAAUGGUAAGCCUGCUUUCGUUAUGUGCAGUAAAUGGAGCCCUUGACAUGGGCAAGUGGUUUCAUGCUUACAUAGACAAGCAAGGUGUUGAAGUAGAUGUGAUACUGAAAACUGCUUUAAUAGACAUGUAUGCCAAGUGUGGGGAUAUUAGUGGGGCUCAGAGGCUGUUCAGCGAAGCCAUAGAUCGAGACAUCUGCACAUGGAAUGUAAUGAUGGCUGGAUACGGGAUGCAUGGAUAUGGUGAGAAAGCUUUGAAACUAUUCACAGAGAUGGAGACACUGGGUGUAAAACCCAAUGACAUCACAUUUAUAGGAGCCCUGCAUGCUUGCAGUCACGCUGGUUUGGUGGUGGAAGGAAAAGGACUUUUUGAGAAAAUGAUCCAUGACUUUGGCUUGGUUCCAAAGGUUGAGCAUUAUGGGUGUAUGGUUGAUCUUCUUGGUCGAGCUGGACUGCUUGAUGAGGCCUAUAAGAUGAUUGAAAGCAUGCCCGUGACACCUAAUAUUGCAAUAUGGGGUGCUAUGCUUGCUGCUUGCAAGAUUCAUAAAAAUUCUAACAUGGGGGAAUUAGCAGCGAGAGAGCUUCUUGCAUUGGAACCUCAAAAUUGUGGUUACAAAGUUCUCAUGUCAAACAUAUAUGCUGCAGCAAACAGAUGGAAUGAUGUUGCAGGCAUGAGAAAAGCUGUGAAGGAUACAGGAAUAAAAAAGGAACCGGGAAUGAGCUCAAUCGAAGUAAAUGGUUUAGUUCACGAUUUUAAAAUGGGAGAUAGAGCACACCCUCUGAUUGAAAAAAUCAGUGAAAUGCUAGCUGAGAUGAGCAAGAAAUUAAAAGAGGCUGGCUACUUGCCAGACACAUCUGUAGUCCUGCACAAUAUUGACGAGGAAGAGAAAGAAACUGCACUUAACUACCAUAGCGAGAAGUUGGCGAUGGCUUUCGGUCUCAUCAGUACUGCUCCAGGGACUCCUAUUCGAGUUGUUAAGAAUCUCCGAAUUUGUGAUGACUGCCAUACAGUAACCAAGCUGUUGUCUAAGAUCUACAAAAGGGUAAUUAUAGUCAGGGACCGUAACCGUUUUCACCACUUUAGAGAAGGAUCUUGUUCUUGUGGUGGUUAUUGGUAACGAUACCAAAAAAGUUUCUGUAUUAUUAUUAUAAAUCGUUUAUGUACAGAUAAUUACAUUGAAAGCUAUGUUCAAGCUCUAUCAAUUGUCCAA